AAAUUUGUCCAAUCAAUACAUAAUCAAGAAAACAGGCAUCGCAACUCUGAUGAGACAAUUAAUACUUUAUAUCGAUCGGUUGAUAAUAUUGAUUACACAUCAGUGAUAAAUAAGGAACAAUUACUCCCCAGCAAUAAACCAACCUUUCGUCCACAUGAUCCCAAUGAAAUAGUAGAUUCUUCUCUAAGGGAGAUAAGUAGCAAUAUGACAGAUGAAACAGUGCCAGCAGUAAAAGUCGCCCAAUCAACCAUAACUCCACGAAUUGUGCAUAAAUCUAAUGUUCCUGCUAUCAAUGAAAUAAAUUCAAACAAAUCAACAAGGAAAAGGAGCUCGGUGUGGAUGUAUUUUGAUAAAAAAGAUGAUCAACACGCCCUAUGUACAAUUUGCAAUUUCAAAGUAAAACAUUGUGGUGGAACGUCAAAUUUGCAGGCACAUAUGACUCGAAGUCAUGGACCCCUGUGCUCAGGGAUAUUUAAUAAUAAAAGAAUUAUAUCAGAAUCUGAAAAUGAAAAGGUUGCAACUCCUGAUGAUCCAUCUCCAAAACGCAAGAAAUUUUCAUUAAUGAACAAGUUUUCGCGCAUUGAUGAAGCUUUUCAGAAGGCAAAUUCUUUCGCAGAAGGAGGGUCGCAUUCCGACAAGAUCACUGCUGCGUUAAUGUUCACGAUAACAAAGGAUAAGGAACCUCUAGCUAUGGUCGAGAGAGAAGGCUUUAGGCAUUUCAUGAAAGUGAUAGUUCCGCUGUAUCGCAUUCCUGAUCGGAAAACGGUAACACAAUUAAUAGAUAAUCGCUACAUGGAAGCUAAAAAAGCCUAUAAGCUUUCAUUGAAGAGAGCAUUGUCGUAUACCUUGACAUGCGAUAAUUGGACGGACUGCACGUUCCAGAGUUAUUUAGGUGUCACCAUACAUUACCUAGGAGAAGAUCUUAUGAUGAAAAAUGGAUGCCUAGGAGUUUUCCCAUUGCACAGCAAUCAUACGGAAGUCUACCUGUCUGGAUGUCUUAAUGCUGUGAGCGAUGAUUUUAAUUUAUCUAAAAAUAAAAUCAUGGCAAUCACCAGCGAUGGAGUUCCAAAUAUAGUUGCUGCCGUUUAUAAUGUAGUAGGCCAGGAAAAGCAUAUUUGGUGUUUCGCUCAUUUUCUAUCGCACCUAGUCCCGAAAGUACAAAAAACUAUGCCAGCUGUUAUCGACAUUAUUACUGCGGUCCGAAGAAUCGUAGCACUCAUUCGACGAAGUGUUGUAGCUUCAGAUGAGUUGAAAAGAUUGCAGAUCUGUGAUGGAAAGACGGAGGGAACAUCCUUAAAAUUCAUUAUCGAUGUUGCAACUCGCUGGAACUCUACUCUUUAUAUGCUGGAGAGAUUUCUCACUCUGGAACACUACGUUCAUGCAGUUAGUUUGAAAUGUAAGAGAUCAGACAUUCCAAACAUGCUGACGCGUGAUCAGACUGAAGUUCUCAAAGACCUUGUGCUUCUUAUGAAGCCAGUAGAUGUCAUUAUCCCUAUUAUACAUUGCAUGACACGAUCAAUCGAACAAAUUCAACCUUCAACAAAUGAAGGGAUUGAAUUUCAACAAAGAAUACUGGCAUCAAUAGAUGAGAAGUUUAAACAUGUUGAGAAAAACAUGAUCCUGUCAAUCCCGACAAUACUUGGCCCACGCUUUAAACGGCUUCACUUCCAAAAUGCUCUCGCAGCUGCAACUGCUAUUGAGAAAAUCAACAAAGAGAUGAAGGUAUUUGAAAAUAAAAAAGAUGAGAUGACGACAAUACUCCAACAAGUUGAAGAGAAUCCAGAACAGUCAAAUCUUUGGAAAACUCAUGAUGAGUUGGUGGCAAGGUAUGCCGAAAUAAACAUGAGCGAGAAAAAUCUUGCGUAUGAGUUAAGGCAAUAUUUGAAGCAGAAAGUAAUUCCUUGACAUCAAGACCCAUUCAAUCAUUGGAAAAUAUUGGAACCCUCGUUUCCAGGACUGUAUAAGUUGGCAAUUCAGUACAUCAGCAUCAUUAGCACUUCAGUUCCUUCAGAAAAGUUGUUUUCAGCGGCAGGAGGUAUCAAAACAGAUGAUCGAAACCGUCUUACGGGUGAGCAUUUGAACAGACUUCUAUUUUUGGGAUCUUUAUUCAAAGAAGAAUGGAGAUUGGGUUGA